AUGCCUUCAGCCUUAUCCAGACUAGUACUAGAAGAGCAGAAGGAAGCGAGUGUCGAGGAGGAGAGUCACAUGGCGGGCGCGGGACGACCCUCCGCCGCGGCCGACGGGAGGCGAGUGCUGCUCCGCCGGCCGGGGCCCGCUAUAUAUGGGCCGCACGCACACACGCGCGCAUGUUCCUACACGCCCACACGGACACAGGCGCAGCGCUCACAGGCGCGGUUAAGUGCAAAGGGAAAUGGAGGCGCUAUUGUCAAUCUGUAA